AUGCAGUAUCUGAAGACCGAAUUGUAUAGACAAGCCUAUGAAGUCCGCCGCAAGAACACAGUAACCACGAAACUGGAUGCUCCUUACACGCUCCUCUCGAUACGAGGGCAAGCUUCGAAAGUCCCAGUCAGCGGCGAAGUCAAGGGGGAAGAACUUCAGGCUCCCAAUGUGCGUCUACAAGAUCUGAUGCCACAAGAGCCGUCGACGCCAACCAGUACAAGCAAAUAUAAUACCGCACUGGUCCAGAAAGUUCCCAAACUACGCGAUCAGAAACAAGAAGUUCAACGAAUAAUAGGACCAGGGUUUAUGCAAGCUAAGUUGAAUAGUAGAAGAAUUGCGGAGGCGAAAUUUCAAAGUGAGCGAUACCCAAAGAUUUCCGAAAACGUCGCGAGGAAGAUUGCGAAAAAAGCAGCGAAAAAAGCAGUGAACAAUCGCAAUAAGGGUAAGACAGACGACGGUUUUAGAUUCACGGUCAGAUUCACAUCCCAGGAACAAAAACCUUCUCGUCAAGUGAUUUUACAACCAGAGGCGCAAGACGCACCACCAAUCACAAUAAAGCGACACUUCUCCCUUGCCCCAGGCAACGACUAUCAAAGGCACGGGGCAACCCCAGAACAAAAACCCGAAAUGAAAACCGAACCAAUAUCUGCGAGCAAACCAUUCGCUGACGACGUUAAGUACAGAAACCAGCAGCUCCAGUCUCAAGGCUCGGUACCAAUAAUCAGGGAGGAAAGUGAAGGCAAAGACCCGGGUACCGCUUGUAAAGGCAAAUAUGGCAACGUCUUUAUGCUCAGGAAACACGCCACGAUGAAUCCAUUUGAGAGGCUACAAGCAAUUCAGCAAGUAGGAGAGAUAACAUCCAGAGACCAAGCGAUGGGGCUCCACGGCCAGUAUCAUUUACCACUUUUCGAUGAACAGCAGGAAGGUGUGUGA